GCCAGAGUAUAUAUAGAGCCUAACAUGAUUUUAUUUCUCUGCUAUGAACACUCACUGCAUGUUGUCAACGCUCUAGGGGAAGAGAACUGAUUGACGGACGAAUCUCCGUGAAGCAGCAUUGGUGCCUCUGCGUCCGCCUGUCAGAACGGAAUAACAUGUCUUGCUGUGAGGGAGGCCGACGACGGUGCGAGGGAGGGUGGCUGGUUGUGUUGGCUUGUUUCGGAGUGAACACGUUAAUGAUGGGAUACAUCAAAUGCUUUGGAAUCCUCUUCGUGGAAUUUAUACACGAGUAUAAUGCAUCUGCAUCCAUGACAUCACUGGUCAUGGGCCUGACUUCAGCAUCAACCAGUAUAAUGUCUCUUGUGGUUCUAAACAUCCUCAUGGGCCGACUGAGCAUCAGAAAACUGGCACUGGCUGGGGCCAUCCUUGCCUCCCUUGGAGUCGUCCUCACUUCUGUAUCUGCUAGCAUCGAAUUCCUCCUGUUUUCCCAAAGUGUACUCGUAGGUUCUUCGCAAGGGUUGUUGUAUGGUCCUGGUAUCGUGUUGAUAGGAGAACACUUUGACCAGAGGCGAACCAUAGCCACAGCUACAGCCACGUCUGGGAUUAGUGUUGGUGCCAUGCUUAUGCCACUGCUACUGAGGUACCUCCUCGACAAUUAUAACCUAAGAGGUGCUCUUCUUAUACUUGGAGGAUUAAUGCUGGAAAUGGUUGUAUUUGCGACCUUCUACAGAACAGCUCCUGUCGAAAGGGAAAGCCAUGAUGGUACCACGUGUCGUCUCGAUGAAAGACGCAUAAACGAUGAAGAACAGCAUACUGGAAAUUCGGAAGACACGACAAACAGUGAAUAUGUACUUAAACAUCAGAGUCAAGGAUUAAAUGAUUGCCUCCUGCACGAACUAGAAUCCGGUGAUAUUUCAGAAGAUGAUGCACCCUGCGAUUGUCAGAGACAAAAUACCCAUACUCGCACUUAUAAAUCCGUCGGCGGAGAUAGGAAGAUCGAUGAUAAUUUUGAAUCUAUUGGUAACGGCGUUGAUGCCAAUUUUAAUCGAUAUUUAGCUUCAAAUAUACCAUGCCGUUGUAGCACCGUCAAGUUUUCCAGUCAUUCAGACUCAAUAUGUUUGUCUACAUUUAGUUUGCACGGCAAGGCUACAGCACUAAGCGAAAGUUCAUUGAACAGGGAAUCAAAAUGCUAUCACAGGAAUUGCGAUACGGCUCUGUUUUCAAAUCCAAAGUUUUGGAUAAUAUUUGGAUUUACCUUCUUUGGAAUCAUAGGAACCAACAUGUUCCCAGUACUUCUGCCGCCGUUAGCCACCGAAAAAGGCCUGAGUGAAAUGGAAGUUGCUUUAUUUGUAAGUUUAUUUGCUGGAUUAGACUUCAUUAGCCGCGUGUGUUCAGGCAUUGUGGCAGAACUGCCCUGGGUCAAUAGGCGUUAUAUGCUGAUCUCUAUGUUCAUCGUUCUUGGGAUCAUCUAUCAAUUUACUUCUUUCUAUUCCAACUUCAGACUCAUGCUUUUGUUUGUUGUGUUGUUUGGACUUAUCAAUGGAGUAUAUGCUACUCUACAUCCGCCGCUCAUCAUAGAUUUCCUCGGAUACGACUAUUUCUCAAAAGUGUUUGGAUUUGUUCAAGUGUUCCACGGGGCUGCUAUGUCUACUUCAUUUCCACUGCUUGGUUUUCUACGUGACGUCACGGGAACAUAUACCACGGCGUUCUAUGUCCUUGGGGCGACUCAGUUCAUUGGAGCCGUGUUCCUACUGGUGGAACCACUCUCACGAAGGGCAGGUUGAGCCCAAACAAGGGGAUCUACCAGAAUGUAUAAGACCACGUUGAAAUGUGUAAUCCCACGCAAAGGGACCGACCAUUCGUUAUUCUGUGGAUGGUGGUGUGGAGUAACAUGUAAAUUGUCAGGCAUAAUUGCAUGAAUGGAAGGUUACAUUCGUUUUGUUCUAAACGUUUAUUCUAUUUGAGCUAGAAUAACAUCUAAUGCUUGUGAGUAUUAUUGAAUUAAAAGUCCAAACCUCAGUUGCUCAUCUGACAUAUGGAUACUAUGACUGUGUUAAAUAGUUUGUCUAUAUACUACAUAUGAAUGUGUUGGUACAAAAUAGUACGUAUACCCUGUGCAAAGCGGAUUUACUAUUGAAGCUAAAUGGCAGUGUAUUUUGUCCUAUGUAAAUUACCACAAACCUCUUCAUGAAACUGAAUUGCGUACAUUGGCCACGUGCACU